CGCUUCGUGCGCUCGUUACCUCCCAAAGCUUCCUAGCUUGAUGUAAGCUCUUGUUCACCUCGCUGCCGCUGCUGUUGCUGCUUCCAGAGUUCUAUCAGCUCCACAGAAGCAUUCCAUUUCCACUAAACUUUUGAAGGUGGUUUCUCAAUGCCUUCCACCACCUGGCUCACAAUUCAGAAGAAGCUCUUUUGUUCUCAUCCGCCAAAGCCUGGCAUUUUCCCAGGGGGAAAGAGAGAGGGAGGGAGUUAGAAAGAAACUAAGCUUUUACCUGAAAGCAUGAUUCAACUCAGGAAGGCAAGUGAAGAAACCAGAGAUUCCUCCAGCCCAAAAUCAUUGGUCACCUCCAGCCUCUCCCCCAUGGACCUCAAGACCCCAACAUAUCUGCAUGCUUCAUCCGUUUUCCCACCUUCCAAGAUGGAUUCUUUCGAAGGUGACUCGAGCUUUUACUGCACCAGCAAAGAUAAUCCUUUUGCAGACACCUUCUCUGAUCCUCUCUGCAAGCUCAACCUUAAGGAGACUUCAGAAUUUGUGAAGGCCUUCCCGGUGACUACCAAGAGCAGCAGUGAUUGCAGAGGCUUCCUCGAGGUCUCAGCUCAGAGGAAGAGAGAAGGGAUGAGCUCAGUGGGGCAGAGAAGAUUGGAGACUCCUUCCACUCCUGGCAGGCCAGUAUUUAGCUUUAGUCCUGGUUACCUCUCCAGGAAAAGCAUUCCUUCCAAGUGGGAUGAUGCAGAGAAGUGGUUGAUCAAUAGCUCCCGCCAUGAAUCGCCUGCCCAUGGGUUUAAGCCAUCAGAACCAUCAAGAGUUUCCAGGCAAAAUGAUGUCUUUCACCAGAAAGGUGAUGCCUUUUAUGAGAAGCCAAGGCUUAGUGAGGAGAAGACCCUGACUGCCCCUGUCCCAAGCUUUUAUGGGACGGUGAUGCCUCUGGAUCCAAAUGCAGCUUUCCAUGGAGCAUCAUCAGAUGUGCUUUUGAAAGAUAAGUUUACGGACAAUGUGGAACCAAUCCUCCCCAACUUUCGAUACUCGGAGCCCACAAAGGAAAGCUUUCUUUUCUGUGAAACCAUGAAAGAUGCGGCGACUGAGGUAGCUUCUGAGGUUCGUCGGAGAGAUGUUGGAACGGAGAUGACUCCUUUAGGUAGCUCGACCACAUCGAGAUGCCACACUCCUAUUAAGAGCUAUUCACCAGCAAGACACAACACUCCAGCUAACACGUCUGGCUCUUUGGUGCCUUGUAACACCAGCAUUGAUAUCUCUGAGCUCAAGGACUGCCACUUUGCAAAGCUUGAGCUCAGUGCUCAGUAUGAUUCCAUGGUUGCUACUUGGAGCUCGAGAGAAGAGGAGGAAGAGGAGGUGUCAAAGAGUUUGAGGCAUUCCGAGAUAAGUGGUGGUAGGCAGAGCAUUGCCGAAUCCAGAGCUUCGACAUGGGAAGAGGAGGAAAAGAACAAGAGCUGCAUCAGAUAUCAGAGAGAAGAAGCAAAAAUUCAGGCCUGGGUAAGCCUUCAGAGUGCUAAAGCAGAAGCAGAGUCUAGAAAGUUGGAGGUGAAGAUACAGAAGAUGAGAUCUACUUUGGAAGAGAAGCUGAUGAAAAGAAUGGGGAUUGUUCAUAGGAGAGCUGAGGAAUGGAGAGCAGCAGCCCAGCUGCAGCAUUCACAGCAGUUACAAAAAGCCUCUGAGCAAGCAAAAAAGAUGAAGUCACAGCCCAGCUCUCAUUUCUCUGGCCGCACAUCUUGUGGCUGUUUUCCCUGCAACAACUCCCUGUAAGGCAAACUGAGUAAACUAUUUCCUCUCUUCCAAAACCCAGAAGGAACACUCUUCUUUUCCUUAGUUGUCUCCAGAGAAUAAGGAGGUAGCAAAAGGAUCCAAGUCAUGACUGAAUUUAUGUGCUUUUUAAGCCUGAUGAGGAAGAGAGAAUUGAUGAUUUUUAGUAGUCACAGUCAAAGGUGUUGCCAACUUGCCAUUUCCAUUGGCAAUGACAUUUCUUUGAUAAAGAGUGUGACAAGGGGAACUGUUGUGGGAGAUCUUAUUAUUUUAAUGAACUAAAUUUCUUCCAUUGCGAUUAAGAUCAUUAAGCCAGGCAAGAAU